AUGGCAGAUUCCAAGAGGAGACUGCUUCCAGCGCUACUCAAUCCCAACCUCUACGAGAUAUGCUUGGAGCCUCACUUUGAAGCAGAUAAGUUCAGCGGAAUCACUUCCAUCCACUGUGACGUGGUCAAGCCUACGUCAACCAUCAAGAUGCACUGCAAGUUCAUCAAAAUUUCGGGAGUCACAGUCGACUACCGAGGCACUACACUGGCGGUCGACCUGAAGUCUAUACGUUAUGACGAAGCGGAGGAAACCGUGGAGUUCGCAGUAUGCGAAGAACUCUGCCCUUUAAAGGCCGUCAAUAUCCGCCUCACGUAUACCGGGAAGUUCAAAGGCGACCUCGAAGGCUUCUACCAAUCCACCUACACGUCGAACGAGACCGAGUACCGCAUUGCGACGACGCACAUGGAACCCACAUACGCCAGACAGGUCUUUCCGUGUUUCGACGAGCCGGAUAUCGAAGCAAAGUUCCACAUGUCUGCUGUCGUGGAUCAGUCAUUCUUGUGUGUCUCAAACAUGCCAACUGAACACAAUUUCCUGCUUCCGCAGUCCAAGAAGCUGGUUGUGUUCGGAACCACUCCCCGGAUGUCCACUUACUUGGUUGCCCUCAUGACCGGCCCACUCGCCCAAAUCCAUUCUGAAAGCCAGCUACCCAUAUCUAUUGUUUGCCCGGUAGGGUGCGAAGAGGAGACAGCGUUUGCUUUGGACCUGGCAGUCAAGGGCCUACAACUCUACGAAGACACGUUCGGCAUCUCGUAUCCACUACCAAAGCUGGAUCUCGGGGCCGUCCCUGACUUCUCGGGCGGCGCCAUGGAGAAUUGGGGCCUGAUCCUCUCCAGGAAGAACUGCUUGCUGCUGGAUCCUAAAGAAAGCUCGCUCGAAAAGAAAAAGGAUAUCGCGGAGACUGUACUCCACGAGCUCGCACACAUGUGGUUUGGGAACCUGGUUACUAUGAAAUACUGGGACGGAUUGUGGUUGAAGGAGGGCUUCGCAACGCUCAUGUCGUGGCUGGCGACCGACAAACUGUUCCCCAGCUGGCAUGUCUGGGACAAUUACACCGCUGGCUCCCUGCAAGCUGCUCUUGAUCUCGACUGUCUGAACGGAAGUCACCCGGUGGAGAUGGAGAUACGAGAUGCUGCCGAAGCGAAGCAGGCUUUCGACGACAUCUCUUAUGAGAAAGGCUGUGCGAUUCUCAUGAUGAUCUCAGGCGAACUUGGGCCGGGCAGAUUCCUGAAAGGCAUCAAGUUGUACCUACAACGAUACGCUUACGGCAACACCACAUCUGACGAUUUAUGGUCUGCAAUCGAAGAGGCCACGGCUGUUCCCAUCCGCGACAAAAUGCAUGUCUGGACCAUGAGGCCUGGAUACCCGGUAGUCACCGUAACCGAAGUCACUGGAGACGAGUCCCAGACAGUUGUGGCCCUACGCAUUCGCCAGGACAGAUUCCUAUCCAGUCCUGGGGAAGAGGCACAAGCCUUUGAUGAUGUGUAUCCUCUACGUCUCGGCAUUCGGUCUGACAAUGGGAUCCAGAUCAUUGACGCUAACACCAAGGGGCUAACUAUUCACACUCCGGAGUUAACCUUCCUGAAAGUCAACGCAGACCAUACCGCAUUCUGUCGAGUGUCGUACUCGACAGGUCAUCUAUGCAAGUUGAUGCAGGCAGCUGCAGACGGCAGGCUGACUUUGCGGGACUGCAUCGGGCUUUCCUGUGAUCUGAAGGCACUGGUCGCCGCAGGAGUCAACAAGACCAGCGAGCUUCUGGACCUGUCGCUUGGUCUCAUGCCUCGAAAGGAGCACCUCGUCUGGGAAAUGAUUGACCGUAACCUGCAAAGUGUCCAGGCAGCCUUCAAGUUCCGUGAAGCCUCGGUUACUAAUGCGCUGGAAAAUGCUGUAGCCGACAUCAUUGGGCCGAAGUGUCGUGAGCUGGGAUGGGAGAUAUCAGAUCAGGACAGCGAUGACAUGGUCUCUUUUAAAGCAUCUAUGUUUAGUACCGCUGGUCUGGCCGGGGAUACAAAGGUCAUCGCCGCAGCGCGUGAGAUGUUUGCUCGGUGGACAGCCGGCGACGGAAAGGGGAUCCAUCCAUCGCUCAAAUGGGGGGUCUUCGGAAUAGUCGCUAAAUACGGAGGCAGGGAAGAGCUCGACAAGUUAUUAAAUCUUUGGCGAACAUCUCACAGUGAGGAUGAGCAGUACCUGGUUCUCGAGUGUCUCGGCCGUGCCAGCACGACGGAGCUGGUUAGAUGGGAUCUGGAACUUGCGUUCACACAGGACGUCAAAGAUCAAGACUUGCAUAUCCUGGUAUGGCUCAUGGGCUCUUCAGCCCACGGAGCUGCAGCGCUCUGGGACUGGACGAAAGAGAACUGGGUCCGCAUCGAGACCUCUGUUCCGGUGGACCUGCGAUGCAAGGUGCUUGGAGUUGUCCUCGAUGGCCUCGGCACCGAGGAGCAGAUAUCCGAUGUGAGGUCUUACUUUGCGGCCCGCGAUUCGAAGGUAUACCAGCAGGUCUUGGAGCAGAAGCUGGAAGGGAUGGAGGUCAGAAGACGCUGGGCUGAACGUGAUACCGCAGACGUCAACGCAUGGCUUUCAAGCCAUGCAUACCUUGGCUGA